UACUAUAUAACAAAUAAUUUGAGCCCAGCAAUUGGAAUGGAUAUCAGUCAGUUCAGUAUACUUGGAGAAUCCCUGAUAGCAGAAAGUUCAGAAGCUCUGGGAUCUCAGGCGUCCUCUCAACCUUUCUCACCCAACCUAUCUGACAGUGAUGCAAUAGAUCUGUGGCAGCGAUCAGUUUCCCAACAGACGGAAGAGAAUAUAAGCAACUUAGACCAACUCAACUCUAUAAGAAAUAACUGCAAGUGUGCGUGUCACUUAUUCAGGAAUGGUCAUGUUUCAGAUGAAACACCUUGUCAAGUUAUUUCAGUUUGCUGCAUAGAGAAUGCAGAUUUAUCAAGUUCAAUAUCAGACAUGAUAUCACACUCUCGACCCUCCGCAAGAACUAGUAGACACCUCUCAAACGGUAGUAGUACGCACAAGAUCACCACACCUCCAAACUCUGUAGUUUCUGAGAACUGCUCUGAUGAGGUGAUAGUGUUGUCGCACAGUGGCACCCCUCCUUACCCCCCUCCUAACCUGCCUCCCUGGAAUAAUAGAGCGCCUGAUUGGUUGUGGGAUUGGAGCAGUCGUCCUGAGGCAUACCCUCCCAAGGGUUGGCCACUAGACGCGUCCCCCGACUACCCUACCUCCGAGGACCGCAUAACCAGGAUACAGAUAUCAGGACUGAUAUGUUCCCACAUAGUGGUCCUACUUAUCGGCAUCUACAUCGGAAGGAGGCUGAAACAGUCAUGACCUUCCCUCCAUGGUAUUCACAUGUGAUGAGAGUUCAGAUUGAGAGGGACUACUGAGCAGUUAUAUUGGGUAGGAAGAGAAGGAGGUGAAAUUUGUCAUGCUUUGUGUGGAUGAAAAUUGUAAAGGUGCGGACUGUACACGGAGAUUAGUUUCACCUUCAGAUUGAAGAUUUAGUGUUACAAUGUUCUGAUAAUGUUAUAUGUAUGAUAUAUUAUAUUAUAAUCGUCUUGUUUGUUACCGGACAUUGCAGGACAUUACCGGACAUGCUCAACAUUCCAGGGCUAGAGGUAGAAUUUCAAAAUUUGUGUGUAUUGUUGCUCUUUAAAAUAUAUGUGUAUGUUAAUUUGAUUUUUGGAGUACAUUAUAUCGGUUGCUCUCUCAUUAAAAACGUAUGAUGUGCUAAUACUGAAUAUGUUCAAUUUCAAUAUCUUUGUAAGCAAUGCAUGUCUUGUUGGUCAAUUUAAAACGGAUUUAUCUUCCCCGCUGGCUCGGAAGGGUUAAUUUGUUUUAUAUUUUUAAUCAGAUCCCUGCAGGCCCUCCGAAAUAUAUUAACCGCUUACUUUGUUGUUCAAAUAACACGAUAUUAAAAGCACUUGGAAUGCAUGAUCAAAUGUUAGCCUUAAACGCGACCCUGAGCAAACCUCGUGGUAGACCCCGUAAGAGACUAUUAAUUAAUUAAUUAAUUAAUUAAUUAUUAUAGGAUUGUUUAUCAUUUAAUCUUUUGAAACUUUUAAACUUUAAAGUUAGAUUACAGCUGCAAAGGAUUAUGUUUACCUCACAUUAAUUUAAAAUUGAUUUGUAAUUUGCUGAAAUAACAGUGUUAUAAAGUUAUUAUCUUUUACCAUUUUGUUAGUUAUAAAAAUUUCAUCCUAAA